UAGUACAUUAGUACAUUAAUAGCGGCAAUUGAUUCCAUACCAAUCGACAGUUACCAUGGCAAUUGUCAAUCAAGGACGUUUCUGUCACCUUGUUCUUUACUCUCUCUCUCUCUCUCUCUCUCUCUCUAAUGUCAGUGUGUCAUCAUUCAUCCUAAUGCAAAAAGUGCAGUAAUAAUACGCAACGCACUCUUCCAAAGUUGCAAGUCUUUUUAUUAAAUCUGUUCCGUUUCAAUCUAUCUAUUCCUCAUCACAAGUCACAACAAACAAUAUGGUUGGAAGCACAUGGAAGACGACGCUUUUACGACCCUUGUUGUUUCUCUCUCUGUUAUCCUCCAUCAUAGGAAAAUCCUCUUCAUCAUCCAAUCAUCACCACCAAACAACCAUACGAUUCAAAAUGGCUCCACCUGAUGCUGCUGCGGAGAGGCAGAUUACGAUGCGAAGAGAAGGUGCAGCUUUUAAGGUUGCACUCUUUUCUGAUCUUCAUUUUGGGGAGGAUGCGUGGACGAAUUGGGGACCACUUCAAGAUAUACACUCUCUCAAGGUCAUGAAUACUGUGCUUGAUUAUGAAAAUCCAGAUUUUGUAAUUUAUCUUGGUGAUGUCAUUACUGCUAACAAUAUUAUGAUUGAAAAUGCAAGUUUGUAUUGGGAUCAAGCAACCUCUCCAGCAAGAAAUAGGGGCAUACCUUGGGCUAGUGUAUUUGGAAAUCAUGAUGAUGCUUCAUUUGAGUGGCCAUUGGACUGGUUCUCUGCUCCUGGAAUUCCUCCAAUUCACUGUACUCAAACCAGUAGUAUUUCAUAUUCAGUAGAAGAAGAAGAAUGCAGCUUCAGAGGAACAGGAAGAUUGGAGUUGAUGAAAAAUGAGAUCAAGCACAAUGCAUCAUUUUCUAGCUACGGUCCAAGAAGACUUUGGCCUAGUGUAUCAAAUUAUGUCCUUCAAGUUUCGUCGCCAGAUGAGCCGCAAUCACCGGUGGCUUUCCUCUACUUCCUAGAUUCCGGUGGUGGUUCCUAUCCAGAAGUCAUAUCUAGUGGCCAAACAGAAUGGUUUCAGAAGAAAGCUCAAGAAAUUAAUGCCGACUCCAGGGUUCCUGAGAUAAUUUUCUGGCAUAUACCAAGUAAGGCCUAUAAGGCGGCGGCUCCCAAGUUCAGCAUACGAAAGCCUUGUGUUGGUUCAAUCAACAAGGAAAAAGUUGCAGCUCAAGAAGCUGAAACCGGUAUCAUGGAUUUUCUUGCGAAAAGAACUUCUGUCAAGGCAAUAUUUGUUGGACACAACCAUGGAUUGGAUUGGUGCUGCCCAUACAAGAAACUAUGGCUAUGCUAUGCUAGGCACACUGGCUAUGGUGGCUAUGGCGAUUGGCCUAGAGGAGCUAGAAUUUUAGAGAUCACUCACAAACCCUUUUCUCUCCGAUCAUGGAUAAGGAUGGAGGAUGGCAAUGUCCACAGUGAAGUUGUCUUGAGCUGAAAUUAACUCCAUUGCUGCAACUGCAAGUUUAUAUUUGUAAUAUAUUCAUUGUAUCAAACGCUACUAUUUUAAUUCGUGAAAGAGGGCUGAAGUUAACUAU